GUCACGGAACCGUGCGAAAUUCUGCCACGUUGCACCAUUUUUGGAGUUUGCCCGCAUUGGGACCGUCAACAGGAACGAUGCAGAAGAUGGUGGCGCAGCAGGUGGAAGAAGUUCGGCGGCUUUACAAGAACAAGCGCCAACUGACGCACCAAUUUCUCAACUUGGGCAUGGUGAUUAUCAGCGCUCUUAUGAUUUGGAAAGGUCUGAUGGGCCUGACGGUCAGUGAAAGCCCCAUCGUUGUCGUGCUCAGUGGCAGCAUGGAACCUGCGUUCCAGCGCGGCGACAUUCUGUUCUUGGACAACAACAAGCCCAAGCUCGAAAUUGGAGACAUUGUUGUUUUCAAAAUCAAGGACCGUGAGAUUCCCAUCGUCCAUCGCGUGUUGGAUCUGCACACCCGCGCUUCCGACGGGUCGGAUUUGUACCUUACCAAGGGCGACAACAAUAACGUGCACGACCGAGGCUUGUACGCCCCCGGACAGUUGUGGUUGGAGCGAAGUGACGUGGUCGGCAUUGCACGGGCAUCGGUGCCAUACCUCGGGUAUGCCACGAUUCUCAUGAACGACUACCCUGCGUUGAAGAUUCUGGCGGUGGGCAUUAUGGCGCUGCUGGCAUUUACUCAGCGCGAAUAACUCCAGUCCCUCGUACUCGUCAUGUCAUUUUUACUUGGCUUUAUACCACGACGAAUCAAUCUUUGCUUCAACUUCGA